AUGUCAAAUCGUAUUAGAUACAAUCAACAUGUUAGUAAUACAGCUGGAGACAAUGAAUCAAAAUUAGUUAUUGUAAAAAUUUUAUUUCUUGCAACAGGUUUCCUUCUUACAUAUGAAAAUCUUUUUGGAGUAUUUGAUGACAUUAAAUUACGACUUUUGUCUGUUAUUAUAGGUGGUAGUUUAAUGUUUCUGGGAUGUAAAGAUACUAUUCAACUAAUAUUUGAAGAAUGUUUUUAUCAACCAAUUUCUUAUAAAAAUGCAAUUAGAAUAUCUAAGACUAAUGCAAAUUGUAUAUCACCAAAUUCUUUGACAUUACAAACUUUAAAUGGAGUCACUAAACAUCGUCGAAGUACUGGUAAAAAAAGUUAUAAUGAUGAAAAUUCAGAAAAAAGUUACUAUCAAAUAAUUAUGGCACCAACAAAAAAAAAUAUUGAUCUUUCUUCAUUGAAAAAGGCUAAUGUUCCUAUUAUUUUUAUUGUUGGUGGACCAGGAUCAGGAAAAGGUACUCAAUGUGAUAAGAUUGUUGCAAAGUAUGGUUUUACCCAUAUUAGCUCAGGUGAUUUAUUACGUGAAGAAUUAAAAUCUGGUAGUGAACGUGCUGGAGAACUUUUAAAAAUUAUGGAAUUAGGUCAAUUAGUUCCAAUGGAAGUUGUACUUGAUCUUAUCAAAGAAAGAAUACUUCAAUCUAUUGAAAAAGGUUCUAAAGGAUUUUUGAUUGAUGGAUAUCCAAGAGAAAUAAUUCAAGGUGAAAAAUUUGAAAGUGAAAUUCAAGAAGCUAAAACAGUUAUCUAUUUUGAGGUUGCUGAGAGUACUCUUGUCAAAAGACUUCUUUAUAGAGCUCAAACAUCUGGUAGAGCUGAUGACAAUGAAGAAACAAUUAAAAAAAGAAUAACUACAUUUAAUCAAUCAACAGCUCCAGUAGUUGAUUAUUAUGAAAAAAAAGGAAAAUUAUUAAAAAUAAAUGCUGAAGGAAGUGUUGAUGAUAUUUUCACAAAAGUUUCCGCUCACCUAGAUAAAAUAUUAUAG